AUGGAAACUCCUGAUUAUGCCACAAAUGCAAACUUUAUUAUAAAGAAUAGUUAUGUUAAAGUUUUAAAGGAAAGUGGUAUUAUAAAGGCCUAUAUUAUGAAGCUAUGGAAUCAGGUUGAGACCUGGAAAAGAAGAUAUAUGAUGAUAUGUGUUAGUUCCAGUCUGGGCUUAUCUUGUAUUAUCAAAUAUAAAGAUAAAAAUGAAUUUGUGGCAAAUAGAGGGAAAAAUAUUUACUAUUUAUCUGAUAUCAGCCAAGUUCAACAAGAUAUUAAAGAUAAAUCAUGUAUUGAUAUUAGAAUAAAAGAUUCUACAACUUUAACCUUGAAAUUUGAAAACGUGCAUACAACCUAUGUUAAACUAUUAGAAACUAAUGGAAUGAUGGGUUUUUUAGGAGAAUGUUGUUUUAUGAUAGAGAAAGAUUCUAUACGUUUAAAAUCACACAAUGGGGUACAGAUAGCAACCUGGCCAUACAAAGUAAUUCGAAAUUUUACACCAUCAGCAGAUGAUAAAACAUUUUCUAUUGAAGUUGGAAGAGCUUCUCAGACUGGUGAAGGUCUAUUUAAAUUUGCAUCAUUUCAAUCAAAAGAAAUUGUAAAUCAGUUACAUUUUUGUAUAGUAUUACCAGGAAAAAGUGGUACCAGUCGGUCAUUAUUAUCAUCUGCAUCAAAAUCAUCACAAGUGCCAUCAGGAAAAUAUCUAAGUAAGAUACAAUUUUUCUUUCCAAAACUUGAAGGGCAGGGAAAAGGAAGGACUAUCAUUUUAUAA